AUGAUUGGUGAUUCCAUAUCAGCUGUGCAAGUCCAAUGGUGACUGCCUUUUGUACAUAUUGCUUUCGGUCAAAAUUUUAUAGGUUAAAUUCUACAUUGAAUGUUACAAAAUAUUACGCUGUCCGAAGUGAACAAGGUACAAAAUAAAAUUUCACAGUGAGCGUCUAACUACCAAAAAUAUUUGAAAUAUGUUCAGUGGCAUGAAAUAUUCGCUGAGAUACAAUCCGAAUAAAUUUGGUUGUCAAUUACUGGCAUGUUUCUCGACGAAAAUUACACUUAAAAGUAAUCUAACGAAGACAGAAUGCACACGAGGUGCUCACCCACACGCAUGUGGACAACCGACGUCAGCAACGCAUUCACACUUGAUAAAGCGUGGCGAGGUACUACCAGGUAUAUCGCUUCAGGAACUUAAGAGAAGACGUUCCAAAUUAGUGGAGUGUGUUACAUUAAUGGCAAAUGCCAAGAAUGUACACAGGCAACAAAUAGUCGUCAUACCUGCGUCAUCCAAGGUUUACAUGUCUGACAAGAUACCAUAUGUCUUUCGGCAAAAUACAGACUUUCUGUACUUCUCUGGGUGUCAGGAACCUGAUAGUAUUCUAGUUCUUACAUGUAGAAAAGAUAAAUCGUCUUAUACUUUAUUUAUGAGAGCAAGAGAUGAACAUUCAGAAUUAUGGGAUGGCCCAAGAACUGGCGUUGAAAUGGCGACAGAAAUGUUUGGCACAGAUUACAGUCUGCCAGUUACAGAAUUUGAACAAUUUUUAGCAGCACUCAUACAAGAAGACAAAGGCAGCAUUGUAUGGUAUGAUCAUGCGGAUGUUGUUCAACCGAUCUUGCAUAAGAAGUUGUGUCAAUUGAUUAAAUUGACAGACAAUCAAAUCUUUGCUUCCCCCAAGAUUUUGUUUCAUCAAAUUCGCUUGAUCAAGAGCGCCUGCGAAAUCGAUUUAAUGCGGGAGAGCUGUAGAAUUGCUUCUGAUGCUAUUGUAAAAACAAUUCAAUCUUCAAAGCCAGGGAUGAGCGAGCAUCAGUUAUUCACUACUGUAGAUUAUGAAUGUCGUAUGCACGGGGCGGAAUACUUGGCGUAUCCUCCCGUCGUAGCUGCGGGCAGGAAUGCAAAUGUAAUACAUUAUAUCAAUAAUAAUCAAAUUAUACAAAGCGGUAAUUUAGUUUUGAUGGAUGCAGGUUGCGAGUAUCACGGAUAUUCAUCCGAUAUAACGCGGACGUGGCCAAUUAGCGGCAAAUUUACGCCGGAACAAAAAGUUCUUUAUGAAAUAGUACUCGAUGUGCAAAAAAACUUGAUAAAGAGCCUGAAGGAAAUGCCGUCGUUGGAUAAUGCAUUCCGCCAUAUGUGUUUUCUUCUGGGAGAACGGUUGCAAGAAAUUAACGUGAUACCGAAGAAUAUAGAGGAAAGUAAAUUAUUAGCAGCUGCAUACGCAUACUGUCCGCACCAUGUCAGUCAUUAUCUUGGAAUGGAUGUGCACGACACAGGAAAAAUAUCCAGAAGCGUAAAGAUACAGCCUGGAAUGAUAAUUACAAUGGAACCUGGUGUGUACAUAAAUCCGAAGACUCCUUACGCACCGUCACACUUCCAUGGUUUAGGUAUACGUAUAGAAGACGAUAUUUUAGUAACAGAAAAUGGCCCAGAAAUCUUGACGAAAAACUGUCCAAAGGAGGUAGCGGAAAUCGAAGCUCUAGCAAGCUAAAAGUCAAGAAGUCAGUUUAAUACUCUCAAUGUACAUAGUAAAACAAUAUGCUUCUAUUUUUUAUUUACAUAUAUAUAUAAAAAGUAUAAGUAUAUGGGAGUAAAUACGCGGACAAUUGCAUUAAUUGUAUAUGAAAAUAAGGGAGUCUUUGCUUUCGAAUAUACAAUCUAGAUAUAUUUUUUAUACAUAUAUAAAAUAAUUGAAUUUUUUAUAUUCUUCCAAACCCGACUUUCACUUACUAUGACGCGUUUAUUUCGUAGAUGAUUAUGUCGAAAAAUUGCUUUGUACAACAUGACUCUAUGUACAUAUAUGCCUGUGUAUUAUAAAGUUAUAUAUUAUCUUAUUUAAUAAGGAUUCAAACUAAUAAAAUUGUAUAAUACGUAGAGACCUUCAAUACUUGGCACUUCUUUUAUUUUAGAUAACAUAUUUUAGAUAACAUACAUUUUAGUAUAAAUUCAUACAAAGAAAACUUCUUAUAUUAUUCGAAAAUUUGUUUAAGUGGAAAUAAACGAAUAUUGCAUACUUGAAACCAGUAAAGUAUUACUAGAAUCAAUAACAGUAGAGUAUAUACGAAAAGAGUUAACGCGAUCAUUGGUACAAAAAUAUUCAGGUCGUAUCACAAUCUAUGGCACAAUCGCACUGUUACUUUAAUGAGAUAAGUAUUGUAUUUUGAUCCGCAUGGAUGGGCAAAUACGUAUGAAGAAAAAAAUAAAAAACAAUUGCUUUCUACAAAGUGCUUUAGCAAUAGUAGCAUUCAAAAUGAAUGAAUACACUAAAAUAUG